AUGGAGUCUCGGUUUACUGCAAUUACUGGAGAUCAAUUUGGUCAGGAUUGUCAGACCGACGGAGAGACAGGCCUGCAUCCACAACUCCGCCGAAUCGAUUCAACCCCAUCACAAACAGCACCAUCACCACCACUCUCCUCCGCUCCGAGGCGAUCGAGCAGGCAGAGACAUGCCUCUUUUCUGUUCGUCGUUGCACCUCCUACCUUCCGUACUCUCUGGGUGGUGUGGCAGAGCAAUUGUUGUUGGAUUAGGAUGAGUAUUGAGGAUGGCGCUUGA